AUGAACAUCGAUGACACAGUAGAUGUUGAUGAAUCUAUCGUAGUUAACUUAAAUCCAACACGUUUACAAACAUUAUACGAACAUUUUCGGAAACGAAAACUAAUUUGGAUAAUAGUUUCGAUUGUUUUGAUUGUUACAAUUAUAGCUAUUCCAACAAUUAUUGUUACAGUGAAUAAAGGAAAAGGAGAAAAAACAUCAACAAUACCGAUAACAACAGUCGAGAUAAUAACAGCUACAUUAGCAGUACACAUAACAACAGUAGAGAAAACAGAAGCAGCAGCAGCAACACCAACAACAACAGAGACAACAACAACCGAAGAAUUAAUUCCUUUGGUUAUUAUUAAUGAAAAUACAAAAUGGAAACAAAGUACAAUUACUGUUGCUGGAGGAAAUGGAGAUGGAGAUCAAUUAAAUCAAUUAAUUCAUCCUCAGGGUAUUUAUGUUGAUGAGGAUAGUGGAGAUAUUUAUAUUACUGACGUUGGGAACCGUCGUAUUGUUCGAUGGAAAUUUAGUGAAGACACUGGUGAAAUUGUUGUAGGUGGAAAAGGGCAGAGUAGUGGUAUAGAUCCAUCGAUGGUGUCAAAAGAUAUAAUUCUCGAUAAAGAGAAAAAAUCUCUCAUCAUUUGUGAUCAAACCAAAAGACGAGUGAUACGAUUGUCUCUUCAAAAUAGUCAGGAUAUAGAACCAUUAAUACAUGAUAUUACUUGCUGGGGUUUAGCAAUGCAUAGCAAUGGAGAUCUUUAUAUUUCUGACUGGGGAGAACGAAAAGUUAGACGUUUGCAGAAAGGAGAGACAGAAGAUACACCUGUAGCAGGUAACAACGGACACGGAAAUCAGUUAAAUCAAUUCUAUGAACCUAACUAUAUCUUUGUCGAUAAAAAUCAUUCAAUUUACGUAGCGGAUUAUUUGAAUAAUCGUGUGAUGAAAUGGAUGAAAAAUGCACUUGAAGAGACUCUUGUUGCUCCAGGAGAAACAUCUAGCGAAAAUCCCAAUUCACUAGUUCAACCCAUAGGUGUGAUUGUUGAUCAUGUGGGUGAUAUUUAUAUGUCGAGUGAAAAAAAUUAUGAAAUAACACGUUGGUCGCCAGGUGCAAGAGAAGGUGUUCCUGUCGUUGGUGAAAAACAAUCUGGAAACGGACCCACACAACUCCGCGACCCAUAUGAUUUAUCAUUUGAUCGACAGGGUAAUCUUUAUGUUGCCGAUACAGGCAACCAUCGAAUACAAAAAUUUCUUAUUGAUCGUGACUAA